GACAAAGGAGCGGUGCAGAAAAAGUCGUCUGUCAUUUGUGCACACGGGCAAAGGUGUGCGUGCGUGUGAUUGCACACACAGUCACACGCAACGACGAACGACAGGACAAAACGUCAAACGCGCGAGAAGAACCCGCAAGAGAAGGAGAGCCCGUCUUCGCCGCCGCAGCGCCUGGCAGAAAUUCACAAAUCCAAAAUGGACGAACUCUUGGUGGAAGUAUGCGGCGAAAACGGAGCCAACUACAAGGGAGUUGUCACUGACGUCUACGAGGACGGAGUUCGGGUCUCGUUCGAGAAUGACUGGCAGGAAGAGUCCAAGUUUCUGUUCAGCCAGGUGCGGCUUCCGCCGGCGGACGUCGUGACCACGUUCAGCGAGAUGAUGGAGGUCGAGGUGUUUUCCCGGUCGAACGAGAACGAAGCGUGCGGCUGGUGGCGGGCCGUCAUCAAGAUGAUGAAGGGCGACUUCUUUGUGGUCGAGUACCUCGGCUGGGACAACAGCUACACGGAGAUCGUGUCCGCGGACCGGCUGCGCGUGAAAAACACCAACCCGCCGAUCAACGAGAAGACCUUCUUCCGGUUCGAGAUCGAGGUCCCGGAGGACAUUCGGGAAUACUCCCUGCUGAACAGUGCCAAAAUCGACGGCGUCCACCGGGAGUUCCAGAAGGCGAUCGGGGCGGCCGAGUGCCGGUACGUGCCGGAGCGGGGCACGCUGCUGGUGAUAUCGCGGAGCGAGUCGACCCAGCGGCGCGCCAACAUGAUCCAGGAGAUGUGCUUUCGCAACCUGAGCCAAAAGGUGAUGCUACUGAAACGAACUGAAGAAGCUGCCAGACAACUAGAAUCGACAAAGCUACACAAUUCGGGAGGAAAUUUUACUAACAAUCAGAGAAUUUCCGCUUUUAUUGGACAAUCACUGAAUGAGAGGUUCACGGACGAGUUCAAGGUACGAGAGGAUCUGAUGGGGCUGGCGAUCGGCGCGCACGGCGCCAACAUCCAGACGGCCCGCAAGCUGGACGGCGUGCUGAACAUCGAGCUCGAGGAGAACACCUGCACGUUCAAGAUCUCCGGCGAGACUGACGACGCCGUCAAGAAGGCCCGGGCGAUGCUCGAGUACAGCGAGGAGUCGCUGCAGGUGCCGCGGAACCUGGUCGGCAAGGUGAUCGGCAAGAACGGCCGGAUCAUCCAGGAGAUUGUCGACAAGAGUGGCGUCGUUCGUAUCGAAGGGGACAACGAGCCGGAACCGAGCAUCCCACGGGAGGAGGGCCAGGUCCCGUUCGUGUUUGUCGGCACCGUCGAGAGCAUCGCGAACGCCAAAGUGCUGCUCGAGUAUCAUCUAGUGCAUUUAAAGGAAGUGGAACAGCUGCGGCAGGAAAAGCUCGAGAUUGACCAGCAGCUGCGGGCCAUCCAGGGUGCGACGAUGGGCUCGAUGCAGAACUUUUCGAUGAACCGACGGGGCGAUCACCACCGGGACCGGGCGUACAGCAGCGACGUGGAGGGGGGCGGUGGCGGCGGUUCGCGGUCCGGCCGGGGCGGUAUGCGCGGAGGACGUGGAGGCCGCGGUGGACGGGGCAGCAAUCCGCGGUACACGGGUCGUCGAGAAAACAACAUCGGCGAGGAAGAGUACACCCCCCGCGGCGGCGGUGGCGACCGGUCCGACCGCGGUGACCACUCAUCAUCACACCAAGCAUCGCGCGGAGACAACCAGCGCAGCAGCAACAACUACUCCUCCGAGGGUGGUGGUGGCGGUGGCGGCGGCGGUAGUGGCCGCGGAGGAAACCGACGAGGCUACAGCGAAAAGCGAGGCACGAGCAGCAGCAACAAGCGCGGUGGCGAUAGGAACAAGUCCUCGUCACAGCAGGGUGGACCAGCGGCGGCUGCGGGAGCAUCGGCGGCCGGAUCCAGUCAAGGUGGUCCGGGUCAGGUGUUUGAAGAUCAGUGGGCGAACAGUGUUGAGGAUCCGCCGCAGCAGCCGUCGCAACAGCCGGCGAGGGAGAAUAACCGCGAGUUGAACAGCGUUGAUCGGGACAGCCACUCAUCGAACGAAGGCAUCCACAACCGAAGCCGGCGAAGAUCCAAGAACCCCGGCGGCGGCGGCGGCCACUCGAACAACAAAAGUAGUAAGAGUUCAAAGAGUUCGCGAACCGCUGAUUUCAAGCUUGCUUUUCCCGCAGCAGCCAACGGUAACGUCCAAACGCUAAACAACAAGCCGGCGGCCACCAACAGCAGCACACAGCCGCAAUCCGGAACGGCAGACGGUGGCCAUGACAGCAGCGCGCCCCCCGUCGUCAACAACGGCACCGGCAAGCCGGCCCCGGUGGCGCAGAACAAUCACAGCGCGACCGGCAGCACCAACAGCUCGGGGCCACCCAAGGGCCAGCGGGACCAGAACCGGAACCGGGGAGGUCGUGGCGGAGGUGGUGGCGCCGGUGGCAAGCACAAGAACCAGGCCGCCGCUGGCGGCGCCCUGAACAGCAGCAACAGUGUUGUUGCGGCGCCCGGUGAGCAGCAGGGCAAGGAAACGCUCGUCAAUGGUUCCUCUUAGAAUCUGCUGGAGGGCGGCUGCCGCCGCCGGGAGCAACGUCCCAGGGCGAUGGCGGCGGCGGGAGCAUGAACUAAUGAUACUUGAAACUACUACUUGGAAGAUUUUGAAGAAGGAGGAGGAAACAAAUACACACACACACAAUACUACUACUUGUAGCGAUACUUGAAAACAAUGGUAUAACUAAACAUGAGAAAACAAGCAAAAUACAAAAAAAAAGAAAGAAAAACCCACAUUUAACGAGAAGUAAACUUACUGCAAAGAAAGAGAGAGAAAGAAAAUCAAGCAACAAGCAAAACUUACUCGAUUCUCGACUAAUUACGAAAAUUACGGAAAUAUUCUAAUGCGUGUGAAAAUUACAAAA